AUGGCCUGCACACGGGUCGCCUUCCGGCUCAGACGGGGCUUUGGCCGCGAGUUUUCGACGACUGCACGCCGACUAGAGAUACGCGAUGUUUCCGAGCUCCCACAGCGUACCGUUCCGCGAUACAGAACCAGUCCCACGUCGUCGCUGCUCUCGCUCGAGUGGCCGGAGCCACCACGGAAUGUACUCGUGGUCCCGAAGCUAUAUGCGCCCAAGGUCAUCACGUCGGCUGUCGAUUUUGUCAAGCAUGUAAACGCCGAGUACCCCAACAUCAACUUCAUCUUCGAACACAGAGUGGCGUCUACGAUUCACGACUCGCUGCCGUUCCCUAUCUACAGCUCCGAACCGUCGCAUUUCCCUGCCAAGAUCGAUCUCGUAGCGACCCUGGGAGGGGACGGGACAAUACUACGGGCUGCUAGUCUGUUCAGUCUGCACACCUCUGUGCCUCCGAUCUUGUCCUUCAGUAUGGGAACCCUGGGCUUUCUGGGCGAGUGGAAAUUCGAAGAGUACAAACGCGCCUGGCGCGAGGUCUACAUGUGUGGCAGCCGGGUGGCAGUCAGCGACCUUCAAGGUCCUCAUACGCAAGCCGCCAACGGCCGCCAUGGUCAGCACGAUGGCAGUGAAACACUGUCCGAAGGUUGGGCGAACAUGCGGGGGAAAAAUAUGGGUGCGACCCGCGCAAGCAAGAUUCUGCUCCGCCACCGCUUGAAGGUUGGUGUCUACGAUGCAAACGGGGUUAACAUCAACGAACAUCUACUGCCGACUUCGACCGCUGCUUUGCACCAGCCUCUGCCACCCGUGGCCCCAGAGGUCAAGGAGAUGUCCAAGUCAGGAGAGCCAGUCAUCCCCGAUUUGCACGCCAUCAACGAACUGGUUAUUCACCGUGGACCAAACCCACACCUAGCCAUUGUCGAUGUUUACGUCGGUAACCGCUUCCUCACCGAGGCGGUCGCAGAUGGCAUCCUGGUCAGUACGCCGACGGGGUCUACCGCCUACUCAUUGUCAGCGGGUGGAACCAUCAUUCACCCUCUGACCAAGUCCAUGCUCUUGACACCGAUAUGUGCUCGUACGCUGAGCUUCCGUCACUUGUGCCUCCCCCUGAACAAGAAGGUUGUGCUUAAGGUUAGCAAGAAAAACCGCGGCCGCGAGCUUGAGGUCAGUCUUGACGGCAAGCGACGAGCCGGUGUCACGAUUGGGAUGGAGAUCAGAGUAACAGGCGAGGUCGUCGCACCUGAUGCCACGGGCAAGUGGACUGGUGGUGUUCCUUGCGUGAUUAGGAGCAGUGGCCAAGGCGAUGAUGGAGACGACGAUGACGGGUGGGUAGGGGGUCUGAACGAGAGACUGAAGUUCAACUAUCCUGUUGGAUAG